AGUAUCCUUAUGAACCGGGUUCUCGAGAAAUAGCAAUUGAGAACGCGAACACGGGCGCGUGGAAAAUUCUCUCCCGCAAAAGUGGCGGCGAUCGUCGUCUAGAGUCUGAUUGAGCGUGUUGCCGUUCUUACGGGGAGCUCAGUCAGGUCAGCCCGAGUGGAUCAUCGCUACGUAGGCUGUGAAUGCUCGUGUGGGGUGGGUGAGGAGGUGCUGAGUACGCUCAGACUGGACGCGCGUUGCCAAGAAGGAAGAUUCCUUGCGCACCGCGCUCGGUUCAAUUUCAGUUCUAGUGCGUGCGCGAUACCAUCCGGACGUACUUCGAAGCUCGGUUACGAUUGGCCCAAGCCUGGUAGCGUUUCUUAGAACAAAGGCUGUACGAAGGUGUUGAUUGUAGAGCCGUGAUAGGGCGAUUGUGUGAGAACGAAGAAAAUUGCCACGACUGGCGUUCAGCUCCAGUAGCGUGUAAAUUGAAUCAAUUUUAAACUGUUUAUCUAGUGGUUUGUCGCGUUUGCUGCCUGACGUCGUGUUUGAGUUGAUUUUAAUUCAAUUUGGUCUGUCGUCGGGGUGAUCGUUAGAGUUAAACGUCUGUAGCCACUGUAGUGCGCUUUUCUCAAUGCAGCUUUAAUCUUCUCCAGAUCAGUCGCGGCAAUAAUAACACUGCUGAUUAGAUUCCAGUCGCGGGCAUCAUUACAUCAUUUCAAGUGGAUGACGAUUACCAUGCUCACCGGAGUCGUUUAACUAGGAUCAACUUUGUUUUCAUUGCCAAUACUGAAACGCGUUUGUGCACAGAAAGUAUAGUUUUUCCCUGGUCUACAGAGGAGUAGCUAUAGCUUAGAAAUCAAUGUAAACUACAUAUUACGGGAAUUUAGCAAUCGUAGUUAUUUGCUUGGAAUACUUCUGUGAUGCGGUGAUAUGAAACGUGUACGUGAAGUGCUGUGUGGAUCACAGAUCAGAAAAGUGCCUUGGGAUACAUCACGAGUUGUGAGUUUCAGAUGCAGUGGUGACAAAGCAAGUGUGUCGAGGAGUUAUUAGAUAGACAUACUGCUGCGAGCCAUGGAUAUCACGUUCGACAACAUCAACUACACCGUUUCGGUGGGCAAAAAAGAUAAGACUGUACUGAAUGGCAUUUCUGGGAAGUUCAACUCAGGCGAGCUGACAGCAAUUAUGGGACCAUCCGGAGCUGGAAAAUCCUCGUUGCUGAACAUUCUUACCGGUUUCACGAAAAGCGGCGUCAAAGGAUCGCUCAACAUCGGUCGCACCGACGGAGGCAAUAAAUUGUGCAGCUAUAUCCUGCAGGAGGAUAAUCUGCAUCCGUACUUCACCGUCCAGGAGAUAAUGAUGAUGGCGUGUGAUUUGAAAAUAUCGUCACGCUGUCUGAAGGACGGCGAGAAGCAGAUAUUGAUUGACAACAUCCUGGACACUCUCCAUCUGAAGUUCACCAAGCUGACGCGGUGCGGAAAUCUCUCCGGUGGACAGAAGAAGCGGCUAUCAAUCGCGUUGGAGCUUAUCGAUAAUCCGCCGGUGCUUUUCCUGGACGAACCAACGACCGGUCUGGACAGUUCCUCGUCACUGUACACCAUCAAGCUGCUGCAGGGAUUGGCCCGGGAGGGCCGGACAAUAGUUUGCACCAUCCAUCAGCCAUCUGCCACCGUGUUCGAGAUGUUCGAUCAUGUGUACGUGCUUGCCGAGGGACACUGUGUCUAUCAGGGCUCGGCGCUCAACACGGUUCCCUAUCUGCGCUCGGUCGGUCUCCAGUGUCCGCAGUACCACAAUGCCGCAGAUUAUCUGCUCGAGGUGGCGAACAAAGAGUAUGGCAAUUUCAUUAACGUCCUUGCGAAAGCGGCCAUCGAUUGCCACUGGCGGAAGCCGGAGUCCUGUAUCGGAACGGCCGCGCUGCCCCAUUAUCUCGCAUAUGACAGAAAUCACAACGGUGCCACCGUCUAUCACGGUGCGACGAAGGAUGACGCGUGCAGUGCCAAACAGCAGUCCCCACCGCUCCGAAGGCCGUCCGAGUUUACCAAACUGUUGAUCCUGAUGAGGAGAUGCAACAUUCAGCUGUACCGCGACUGGACGGUAACUCACCUCAAACUAUUUGUCCACGUUGUGUGUGCCAUAGUGGUAGGACUAUUAUUUGGAGACUCAGGUGUAAAUGGUACGAAAAGCGUAUCAAAUAUUGCAUCGUUUUUGGUGCACAUACUCUAUCUGUGGUAUACAACACUUAUGCCAGGCGUGCUAAAAUUUCCGUCUGAAAUGAAAAUUUUAAGGAAAGAAUCGUUUAACAAUUGGUACAAAAUUCGAACCUACUUUUUCGCCACCAUGCUCACUUCUCUACCGGUUCAGAUAUUCUUCUCGAUAGUCUACAGCACGAUAGUGUUCACGCUGACAUCGCAGCCACUCGAGUGUGAUCGGUUCGUGAUGUUCCUAGCGGUCCUGGUGCUGACCACCAUCGUUGCUGACGGAUACGGUCUGUUUCUGGGAACGUUUCUUAAUCAAAUUAACGGAACUUUCAUCGGGGCCAUCACCACGUGCUACAUGUUGGUGUUUUGCGGUUUUCUCAUUAUGUUCAGUCACAUGUCCGAGCUGAUGAAGGCGUUUAGCUAUCUGUCAACGCUGCGGUACGGUUUGGAAGCGCUGGUGCUCGCCAUGUACGAUAACGGCCGGACCAAUAUGGUUUGUCCGGAGGAGGAGCUGUACUGCCACUAUGUAAAAGCGUCAACGAUUUUAAAGGAUCUCGGUAUGACACCCCAGAACUACAUCUUCAACGUGGUGAUGUUGGUGGUGCAAUUCAUCGCUAUUAAGGUUAUAGGAUUUUGGUCGCUGAAACGGAAGCUGCGAUGUGGUUGAUUCCAAUGGGCCAAUUCGGGAAGCGACUUGCUGUAUUGUUGCCAAUUCAGAAUUAGAAUAAAGCGUAAAAUUUGUACAGUUUUUUUUAAUCUAGUUGUAAUAUUGAGGUUUUGGCGACGGAAAUGCUAGGUAAAACGAAAUAGACACACAUUGUGAUGUAUUUCAGUGAAUAGUUACUAUUAUAGGGACCGACUAGAUGCUUUUAGGUGUAUUCCACAAAGAAUUUAACUAUAGUCAACCAUGAAACAGUACAAGGAAUAGCGUUGUGACAAACGGAAAACAAGUGCACUUACUUACUUUUUUUUAGUAAAUUAUGGAUAGCUUUAAGCUGUGAAUGUGAUAACUGCAGUUGAAUGUACUUUACAAGCCUUGAUGUAGGAAUAUAAUAUACACAACCAUUUUGCACAA